AAAGUGGAGAGCCGCCCCUUCCCCCUCUGUCCACCCGCGCUCCGCAGCGCAGCCGCUGCUCGCUCCGUCCUCCACUGGCUGGCAUCCAGCUCUCCGGCUCCUACCUGGGUGCACUCACUUAAAUGGCUGAUAAGCAGAUCAGUCUGCCAGCCAAGCUCAUCAAUGGCGGCAUCGCUGGGCUGAUCGGGGUCACCUGUGUGUUCCCCAUCGACUUGGCCAAGACGCGGCUGCAGAACCAGCAGAAUGGCCAGCGCGUGUACGCCAGCAUGUCUGACUGCCUCAUCAAGACCAUCCGCUCAGAGGGCUACUUCGGCAUGUACCGCGGAGCCGCUGUGAACCUGACUCUUGUCACCCCAGAGAAGGCCAUCAAGCUGGCCGCCAACGACUUCUUCCGAUACCAGCUCUCCAAGGACGGGCAGAAGCUGACCCUGGUUAAGGAGAUGCUGGCCGGCUGUGGGGCCGGCACCUGCCAGGUGAUCGUGACCACGCCCAUGGAAAUGCUGAAGAUCCAGCUUCAGGACGCGGGCCGCAUUGCUGCCCAGAAGAAGAUACUGGAUGCCCAGGCCCAGCUGUCGGCCCAAGGGGGCACCCAGCCCUCCGUGGAGGCUCCAGCUGCCCCCCGGCCCACAGCCACCCAGCUGACCCGGGACCUGCUUCGGAGCCGGGGCAUCGCUGGCCUCUAUAAGGGACUGGGGGCCACACUGCUCAGGGAUGUCCCCUUCUCCAUUGUCUACUUCCCCCUCUUUGCCAACCUGAACCAGCUGGGCCGUCCGGCAUCCGGGGAGAAGUCUCCUUUCUACGUGUCGUUUCUGGCUGGCUGUGUGGCCGGGAGCGCAGCCGCCGUGGCCGUCAACCCCUGUGAUGUGGUGAAGACAAGACUCCAGUCACUACAGCGCGGUGUGAACGAGGACACCUACACGGGGUUCCUGGACUGUGCCAGGAAGAUCCUGAGGCACGAGGGCCCCUCAGCCUUCCUGAAGGGCGCCUACUGCCGCGCGCUGGUCAUCGCCCCGCUGUUCGGCAUUGCUCAGGUGGUCUACUUCCUGGGCAUCGCGGAGACGCUGCUGGACCUGCUACGGCGACCCCAGCCCUGAGCCCGGCGGCCGCCCAUGCCCUCCAGCCGAGUGGGACCAGCGUGGGGCCGGAGCCAGGUGGCCCGCCCAGGACCGAGCGAGAGAAAGUCUCUCCCUAGCCUUCCCACAUGGGUGGGGGGAAGCAGACGAAGGGUGCGGGGUCCACAUGGGUGGUGCACACAGGGGCCCCUGCGGGGUCCUGCCUGCACCACCACUGGGACCAAUGUCUUAUUUAUGUAGAAAAUGCAGAAAUCUUUACAUUCCUGGAGCCAGCCCCCGCCACAGCUCCGCCCCGGCCUGAGUACCCCAGGAACAGAGCUGGUCUCUGGGCCGGGCCCCCCAGGCCUGGGCUAGGCAAGCGGGACCCUACCCUCCAGUCUACCAGCUCUCGUCCCUGAGGCUUGGCCCCUAGUCCACAAAGGGGACCCCGCACAAACCUAUUUAUUAACUUGCCGAGUACAAGUGCUCUGUUCAUCCCUGUGUCCAUCCGUCCAGCCUCUCCCUGCCGCUGCCCUUCUUGCCUUGGGCAGGACUCCACUUUGCCCCCCAGCUAGCCUUGUGGGAGGAUUGGGGUCUCCUGCCCCCCAUUUUGAGCCAGGAGUCCCAGGCGGGGGUCACAUUGAGUUCUGACUCCCAGGGCAAGCCCCCCAUUCCAAUGUGGGACCCAGCAUCCCUCCUGGUGGGCCUCUCUACCCCCACCCCAGCUUGGGGGCCCAUAGCGUGUGAGGUCUGUGUGCAUGUGCAAAUGUUCUGGGGAGCAGGUUGUGUCCACCAGCGCUCCACUGGCCUGGCCCCUCAGAGAUGGGGCUGGGGGUGGGGGGUGGGGCUGCUGGCCUUACCCACAUGGCCAGGUAAUGUGUGUGUGUUUGUGCUGUGUGCACCCUAGGCUCCCCUCUGACCCCAUUCAGGAAUGUAUUUUCCCAGCCUGGUUCUUGCUGCACCUCAGUGGACCCCUCUUCUGAGACCCCCCCCCCAACCCUGGGUCCAGGAUUGGCCAGUGGGGAGGGCAGACAUGAGGACCAGUAUGGAGCCUGGGGGUGCCUGCUCCCUCAGUCCUCCCAGGGCCCACCCUACUUUCUGGGCCUUUGCAUAAGGCCGCUGACCACACUCUGUAAGCUCUGCCCUCCCGAGACCGCCCUCCGUCAUUGAUGUUGUGAAUUGAGGCAGCCCGCCCCGCCCCCCCAGGCCACGUGAUUGUGUUGGUGAUCGACCCCGAUGUGCUGGUGCUGUGUACCCCCUCCUCUGGAGGCCCCUUCCCGGUGACACUACCUGGGGCUCAGGCCUGGGCCCCCCAGUUCACGGUUGUUCCUGGGAGCUGCCCUCUCCCACCACGUCUGAACCUUGGAAGCUGCUGCUGCUGCUUACAGAAUUAUAUUUUUUCUUUUGAAGAGUUUUAAGAAGUUGUAACUUUUUGUGUCUUGUCCUGUGAGAAGAUAAAUAAACAUUCUAAGUAGACA